AUGCCGAAAGAUUUCAAAAGAAGUACCCGCCAUCACUGCCCCUUGAAGAACGGGAGCAAGGGCAACUGUCGUCGUCUGAAUGGCUACUGCUCAGCCCAUCAGAUCAAGUGUAUGCAGCACUCAACGAUCCACCUCCGGGGCGAGCCCUGCAUGGAUUGUCAGAGAGAAGCACAACGGAUGGCAGAAGAAGCAGCUAACGCUUCCGCGGAUACAAAGGACGAGAGCAAGUCCAAGAACAAGAAAGUAAAGAAGUAA